AUAUCUUCACAGAUGAUAAAAUACUCCUCACACCUGCUACGGAGAUCGCAGCUUACUUGAUAACAUUUGAAAAGCAUGAAGAAUGGCUAACGACAUCCCCUAAAACAAGGCCGCAGAAUGGGUCGAUGAUAUUGUACAACAGGAAGAAGGUGAAGUACAGAAAAGAUGGCUACUGCUGGAAGAAGAGGAAAGACGGGAAGACCACACGGGAGGAUCACAUGAAGUUGAAAGUACAGGGAGUCGAGUGUCUAUAUGGCUGCUAUGUCCACUCCUCCAUCAUCCCCACCUUCCACCGCAGGUGCUACUGGCUGCUCCAGAACCCUGAUAUUGUGCUCGUCCACUAUUUGAAUGUCCCUGCCAUUGAGGAUUGUGGGAAACCAUGUGGUCCGAUUCUGUGCUCCAUCAAUACAGACAAGAAGGAGUGGGCCAAAUGGACCAAGGAGGAGCUGAUCGGCCAGCUCAAGCCCAUGUUUCAUGGCAUCAAGUGGACUUGCAGCAAUGGGAACAGCAGCUCUGGCUUCUCAGUGGAGCAGCUAGUGCAACAGAUUCUGGACAGCCACCAAACUAAGCCACCUCCCCGGACUCACAACUGCCUCUGCACGGGCACCCUGGGUGCAGGGAGCAGUGUGCACCACAAAUGCAACAGCGCCAAACAUCGCAUCAUCUCCCCAAAAGUGGACCCCCGCUCGGGUGGCUACAGCAGCGCUCACUCUGAGGUCCAGAACAACGAUGUGUCAGAGGGGAAAACCGAGCACAGCACCCAUGGUGGAGGCAAAAGCUCUGGGGGAGGAGGUGGAGGGGGCAGCGCCAGAGAGAAACGCAAUGGCAAAGUCCACAAACCUGUCCUGCUCCAUCAGAACAGCACAGAGGUGUCGUCCACCAACCAGGUGGAGGUCCCUGACACGACGCAGAACUCCCCUGUCUCCAUCAGCAGCGGCCUCAACAGCGAUCCAGACAUGGCUGACAGCCCCGUGGUCACAGGGAUGAGUCAUGUGGCCUCGGUAAUGUCUGGCCUGUCCCAGAGUGUCUUUAUGUCUGAGGUCACUGGAGACCCCGUCUACAGCAUGUCUCCCACCGGGGGCCCCAACAGUCACCUGAUGGGAGCUGAUGCCACCUCACAGGGCAUGGUGAUGUCUGUGGCCUCUGAUCGUCAUAAAUUUGCCUUCCCUGGUGGAGGAGGAAUAGGGGAGCCUGGGACGAAUGCAGCAGGAGAUAAUCUGUCCAUGCUGACCUCAGCUGGGGUUUCUGAGGAACUGGUCCUCUCUAGCAGUCUGGACUCUGGAAACCUCAAGAUCCCAGAGACCAAUAUGAACUUUGACCCUGACUGCUUCCUGAAUAACCCCAAACAAGGCCAGACGUAUGGAGGCAGUGCAAUGAAAACAGAGGGCAACUCCUCAACUCCAUGUUCCUCGGGUAACACCAACGGUAACCUGCAGCGUUCCCCCCCCAUGUCCGACAAUAGCUACACCUACAGCUCUGCUUUAGUUAAAAACAUCAAGACAGAAGAUACGUCUUUUGAACAACAGCUGGCUAAGGAGAGUGGCUACCAGGUGGGGACAGUGAACUGUGGGGGCGGGGUCAAUGUAUCAUCUGGUGCAGCUCCAGGUCCAGGAAACCUUUCUCUGACUGCAGCAGGCUCUCUGCUUCCUUCUGGUGGCGGUCUGAGUCCCAGCACCACCCUGGAGCAGAUGGAUUUCAGUGCUAUAGAUGCCAAGCAGGACUAUUCCUCUAGUGCGGCAGCAGUGAGCUAUGGCCAGGCCAUGUCAAGCCCUCACAUGCAGCAUCAGAAUCGGUCUCCCCCUGGCUUCUUCCUCCAAGAAGCCCCUCAGACGGGCCAGGCUCAGCAGGGGAGGUCUGGAAUGAACCAGAAAACACACAUGAUGGAGCACAACUCCCAUGACUCUGGAGCUUUCAUGGGGCUGCAGGUGGUUAAGAGAGAUUCCCCAGGCAGCAAUGGACACCUCCACCACCACCAGGCCCACCAGACCCAGCACAGGGCCAACUGUAAUGGAGGCUCACCUACUGAGGGACCUAGCCAGGCUAGCUCCCUCCAGCUGCUGCAGUACCAGGGGUCCUUUCCUGGUUUAGGUGCCGAGCAUGAGGAGGUGGUUGGUCUGGAGCAACAAGGUGGAGUGAAUCCAUCUCAAGCAGGAGCCACUGAGAAUGGAUCAGAGAAUUUACUCAAGCCAGGGGACCACAUUCAGGGCUGUGGGGCAGGGAAUGGAGAGGGAGGAGGCGCAGAUCACUACCUGCAACAAGCCCCGGAUGGUGGAGGAGGGACAGGAGGUGCAGGAGAAGCAAUUCAUAAUGGAAACAACAGUGAUGGUAGUAGUCGCUCCCAGCAGCAACAGCAGCUGCAGCCUCUCCUCCAGGGAACAAACAUGGUGCAGGGACUCUACAACACAGUCGGGACCCACCAGGGCCUGGGUGGAGCGGCCAGUAAUGGAGGAGCAGGAGGGACAGGCAUGGAGAUUAGUCUGGAUCACUUUGACAUCUCUUUUGGGAACCAGUUCUCUGACCUCAUUAACGACUUCAUCUCAGUGGACGCCAGUGGAACCACCAUGUCAGCGGGAGGGACCCUGUAUGCUCACCAACUGGUCACAUCCCACAGCUCCGAUAGUCAGAAUGCAGGCAGUGGGGCCUCCCAGCAAGGCCAGGAAGAUGGAGGGGCCAGGGGCUCUGGCUACAACCCCUCCGAGCUCUGCCUUCAGCCCUGCUGCAGCCCCCAAUCACUGAGUGGGGGGGCUACAGCAGGGGGGAACACAGGAGAGGCGGGCUCAUUGUCCUACAUGAAUGUAGCAGAGGUGGUGUCUGCAGCUGUGGCACAGGGGGCUCUGGGAAUGCUUCAGGCCACAGGCCGCCUCUUUAUGGUUACUGACUACUCGCCUGAGUGGUCUUACCCUGAGGGUGGAGUCAAGGUGCUGAUCACUGGGCCCUGGCAGGAAGCCAGCUCAAACUACAGCUGCUUGUUUGACCAGAUUUCAGUCCCAGCCUCUCUCAUCCAACCAGGGGUGCUGCGCUGCUACUGCCCAGCCCAUGACACAGGAUUGGUGACGCUACAGGUGGCCAUCAGUAACCAGAUCAUCUCCAACUCUGUGGUGUUUGAGUACAAGGCCCGCGCUCUCCCUUCACUGCCAUCAUCUCAGCACGACUGGCUCUCGCUGGAUGAUAACCAAUUCAGAAUGUCUAUCCUGGAGCGCUUGGAGCAGAUGGAGAGAAGGAUGGCGGAGAUGGCCAGCCACCAGCAGCCGAGCGGUGCAGGGAGUGGCGGUGCUGGGGGAGGAACAGGGGGAGGAGGUGGGGGAGGCGGUGGAGGAGGUGGAGGGGGAGGCACCAACAGCCAGUCACAGUGUGUAUCUGGCCAGCUGCAGGCAAGCAGCUCCUUCGAGAGCCGCGUCGUUGUGGUCUGCGAGAAGAUGAUGAGCAGAGCUUGCUGGGCCAAGUCCAAACAUUUAAUCCACUCCAAGACCUUUCGUGGCAUGACACUCCUCCACCUGGCUGCAGGCCAGGGCUACGCCACCCUCAUCCAGACACUUAUCAAGUGGCGCACCAAGCAUGCUGAUAGUAUUGAUCUGGAGUUAGAAGUGGACCCUCUCAAUGUAGAUCACUUCUCCUGCACGCCUCUGAUGUGGGCUUGUGCGUUGGGUCACCUGGAGGCAGCAGUGGUCCUCUAUAAAUGGGACAGACGUGCACUAGCUAUCCCAGAUUCUCUAGGCAGAUUACCCCUCUCUAUUGCCCGCUCUCGUGGCCACACCAAACUGGCUGAAUGUCUGGAGCAGCUACAAAGAGAAGAGCAGCAGCCACCAGCCCCUCUACCACCCACAACCCGCAUGUCUUUCUCCCCGGCCCCUGACACCCCCACCACAGACAGCUGGAUGGUCAGCUGGGCAAAUAACAGUGUUGUAGCACCCAGCGGCAAGAAAGGGGGUCCUGCCACCACAACUACCACAUCCAGCACGAGCCUCAAUCCAGAUUUGAGACGGCCGAGGUCAGAACCCUCCAACUAUUACAGUAGUGAGGGCCAAAGAGAUCUCCCACUAGCUAAAAAACACAAGCCCAACCCAGAACUGUUUCAAACUCGGCCCGACAAGGCCAUGUCUGUUCCUCUGAGCCUGGAGCAGCAACAGCUCCACAAGCUGUCCUCUAGCCCCAAGAGCCUGUCCUCAGAGGGCCUAAGCUCAGACAAGGGCCUGUCCACGGGAGGCAACACAGGGUCGACCAGAUGGAGCUCCAGAGACAGUUUCUCCAGCAGCGGCCUGGGGAGGAAAGCGCUGGGGGUCAGUGGAAGCAGCAGCCUGGGGAAGGAGAAGUUGGUCAACCGGUUACGACAGAGGGAACAACUCGGCAUGUUGGUGAUGGCAGACAGAGAAAUGGCUGAUGCAGAAUUGUUAUCCUAUCGGGAAGAUCUGGAGAAUCAGGACUGUCUCACGCAGAUGGAUGACCUGCAGGUAAACAUGAUGACUCUGGCUGAGCACAUAAUUGAAGCAACACCGGAGAGAAUCAAAAGAGAGAACUUCAGUGCGGCAGACUCUGGACCCUUGGACACAUCAGGGGUCAGCAACACGAUGAACUGGCUGGCCAACUACCUGGGUGAUGUGGAACAGCUGCCGAGCAUCAUACAUCUACGAUCUCUGUACAAUGAACCCCUGACCCCAUCGUCAAAUCCCAGCCUCAGUCCUGGGGGGUCCCCACUGAGGGAGGGGCCCUUGGAAAGAUCAACGCUCCCCUCCCCGGCUGACUGGAGUGAGUUCAUCAAUGCCUCCAACAGCAAGGUGGAGCGAGAUCUGGCCCAACUGACCCUGUCAGAUCCUGAGCAGAGAGAGCUGUAUGAAGCCGCCCGACUAGUCCAAACUGCCUUCCGCAAGUACAAGGGACGGCCGCUCCGAGAGCAACAGGAAGUAGCUGCUGCUGUUAUUCAACGUUGUUACAAGAAAUACAAACAGUAUGCACUUUAUAAGAAGAUGACGCAGGCCGCCAUCCUUAUCCAGAGUAAAUUCCGCAGCUACCACGAACAGAAGAAGUUUCAGCAGAGCAGGAGGGCUGCCGUGCUCAUUCAGCAAUACUACCGCAGCUACAAAGAGUUUGGCAGGCUGAAGCCCCACCACCGCGGGGCUGCUGCUGCCCUGGUGCAGCACAAACUGAGAGGUAGUCUGCUCACAAAGAGGCAGGAUCAGGCUGCCAGGAAGAUCAUGAGGUUCCUACGACGCUGCCGCCACAGGGUGAAAGAAUUGAAAAGGGCCAGGGAACAUGAGACCCCUCAGAAGAGCCCCCUCGCGAUGUGACAUCACUCUCCUGACUCCUCUUUUCUUUUUCGUUUGUACCCUAGACAUUUUACAAGAGAAAUGGAAAAAAAAAACAUCAAUGCAAGCACUGCAAUUAUUACUACUACUGCAGUGUUACUGGUUCGACUACUACGACAUGUACAACAGCAUUUUUUCACAUAUCUAUUCUUUCCACUGACUUGAUUUUGGUCGGAGAGUGGCAACUUCUAACAGGAUUAUAAACUAAAAAGGGUCGGGGAGGGGGGGUUGCAGGACAUUAGCUUCAUGGCAUUUUUUGCACUUUUUCAUGGAUUGCUUUUUUGUCUUUUUUGAAACAAGAAGAGGAUUCGAACAGGAGAGAAAGUGAACGCAGGACAUGUCGUACAGGAGGACGUACUUUAAGGCUGCUGCAGAAGAUCUCAGAGGAUAGGGAGUCCAUGCAGAAACACUCUGGGCUCUAAUUGUAUUUCAUAAUUUUUUAAGUGACCAAUUCAUUUGAAGAAGGAUUUCUUUUUUUACCAGAUGUAUUUGGUAAUCCACUAACCCACUUUUAUCCACUGCUGUAGAUGAUAUGAUUCAAUUUAGCGCAACAAUUCACACUGUCCCACUGUGCUCUACCCCACCAGUCUGCCCACUCGGGUGGAGCUACAAAUGAAUGUAGUCAGGGGGUUAAACUACACAGAAGCAGAUAGGGGAUCAAAUAUUUCUGUUUGCCAUUUCUUAAGAGAAGCCAAUGCUUUACGGUAAAUAUCGUCACUUUAUUACUUGAAUUUGUUCAUACUGUCUGAUGUAUUCCUUCCAUCAUGUCCAAUGUAUCGGUGAUCUGUACCUUCAGACUCUAUGUUGUUGAAUCCUUCCAAGAAAAAGUGCAUGACUUCUUGGCAAGAAAAGCCUUUGCUUGUGUGCUUAUGGUCCAGUCUUUCAGCCUAUCCUCUGAUUUCCUUUUAGUUUCCAUCUUUCCCUCCAUCACCACCUCAGUAGUAAGAUAUCCUUGUGUUGUCCUGUUACUUUUCUUUUGAAUCCAUGUUGCUUCAUUUUUCUUUGAUUGUUCCUCUGAAAGCCAACAAGAGAAAAAGAUCUUGCCUAUUUUGUGUUGUUCUGGUUUUGGUCAUGCAGGUUAUUAACGUUCUUUUUAAACGAACUUCAGAGCCUGUGAAGGCUUUUGAGGGGAAGAUCACAUACAUUGCCUUGACGUCUUAGAGAUUCUUUGAGGGGUCCCUAAGCUUGUCCCAAAAUAGGGGUUUGACAAAUCCAUAUUUUUGACAAUUGAGCGAUUUCUGUAUAUAAAGAAGGCUGAAAGUACGUAGGAAAAAAACAUUUACCCAAAGGGGAUUGUAUUUUAGAAAUAUAUUAUUUUAUUCAUUAAAAAUGGGUCAAAAACAGGUAUGAGACAAAAACAGAAUAUUUGUAUAGUUUUGUUUGAAUGCCUAUGAAGUAUGGUUGUAUUGUUUGUACAUAGUGUAAAUACCUGGGAUAAAAAUGAGCUAUGUGCAUGAAAAGUAUGAACAGAUUCAAAAGGGAAAAAAACAACAAAAGCAGUAGUGGCUAUGCUCUGUAAAAUUAAAACUAUUUCACUAUUAGAGUAUUUUAUUUUAUUUUCAUUGUUCUUGAGAAGAACAUUUUGCUAAAGCAUGAUACUAUUGCAAUAUAAAAAGUUAAAAAAAAUACUGUAUUUAGAGUUAGGAGAAGUCUGCAAAUUAUCUUAAAACAAGUACGGUUAUGUUUACAUUUUCUUUCUUUGUUUUUUUAUCCGUUUGUUUUGGGCUACCAAGAAUUUUUUGCCAAUGGUGCCAAGAUAUGUGAAUGCUAUAUAGCUUAAGAUGAAGAAUUAAGUUAAUUUUUGCAGAACAGAUAAUCAUACACAAGCACUGAAGACCAUACGAUCACAACUGGCCGAGUCACUCUAACAAUAAGGUACACCGUUUGCAGAGGGGAUCAUGUUCAAGCAGAAAGCAUUUAAGUCUCUCAUGCCUCCACCAUCCCCACUGAAGCAUUUGACCAUCACUGAAUACAAUUUUUAUUUUUGUUGUCAUUGCAAAAGAAUGUCAUAUGUUAUUGAGAUUUCCUGUCUGAUCUGAGCAGCCUUGCCCAAAGCUCUCUCUCUCUCACUGAGCAAAGAUUGAAUUCUCUUAUUUACAGUAAAAGUGCAGCAAGCAUUGAUUUAUCAAUAUUUGGCUAAUCCCUGUUGCAAACUGGUGACAGGAUUUAACUUAAUAUAGUCUACUCAAAUUGAGAAAACUACUUGGAUCAAGGCUGCUGGGGUCGCAAUAGAGCUUUUAUUCAAUGUUGAACUGAACAAAGAAAAAGAUGUCUGGAUGAAAUUAUGUGUAGCAAAUUGUGCAUGACUGGGUUUCUUUGUCAAGCAGCUGAAAACAUUCUGAAAUUAACUCUUCUGACUGUCACAGGUGCUAAAAUGAAUCUUAAAGUUGCAGCGACAGAGGGUAAAUGAGCCAAAAAGACUCACUGUAGUAGCUAGUGUGUAAACGGUGCACUGGUGCCAUUCAGAUUUAUAAUUACUGUACAUCGGGUAACACGUAUGAUGUGAGACAGAAUACAUGAGCUGCUGAUUUAGAGGUGCCUGUUGGUUGAUGCCUAAUUCCUUUAAAAUCCAAUAUAUUCCUACCAGAAAGUG